AUGAUUUAUCGCCACCUAGGCUACGCGGCAUGUUUACUGAACAGCCUCGUAAGAGUCUCUGCUAUUGAUUUAGAUAUCAACAGCACAGAAUCAAUACAGAAUGCUGCGAUAAUCCAAGUCACCAACCUUCUCAGCAAUUCCACCAUCGACGGCAGCGUCAACCCCCUAACCGAUGAUCCUUUUCACGGUGUAAAGGACGAGGCAACCAUAUACAUGACCUUGAUUCCAUUCUGGAACACGACCAAGAACAGCAAAUACAACAAUCUCGUCAUUGAUCGUAUGAACAGCCAAAGAUCAACAAUAUUCAAUUCGAGCUACAAUUCAACCAACACAAAACCAAGCACCGCUAUCUGGGGUCUAGCAGCUAUGGCCGCCGCAGAAGUAGACUUUCCGACCAAUUCGUCGGAAUCUUGGUUUAAUUGCGCUGUAACUUUGCACAGCAAAGUCAUGUGGAAAAGCGGUCAGUCUUGCACCGACGGGCUUGCGCCGGACUCUCCAAACCUCAUCGGGCAACAGUUUGGGUACUUUACUGGGAUCUAUUUCCAACUAACUUCGCGACUUGCUUAUGCUUCGUCGGGGGGGCAUCGACGGUUUUUUGCUGAUCGGGCUUCGGCUGUUUGGUUGUGGAGUGUCAAUAAUCUCAUUUUGAACGAGAGCGAUUGGACGAUUAAUUCCCUUGUUGCUGGGACAGAUAACGAUACCGCUUGCUUUGUAUUAAAGGAUUGGAGGUUAGCAUCCUCUUAUGGAUUGUGGCUAAGCGGCGCUGCGUAUAUGUUCAAAAUGACGGACACCGACUUAUGGAAAACAAGAGUCGAAGGCCUAUUGGACAAAACCUUAACAUCAUUUUUCACUCGGAACAUGAUAGUGGAAGUAGGGGAUCUGGUUGAUGGACUUGGUGCGGUGGAACAGGCCAAAUAUUCAACAGAGGCAGGUAAAGGGUUCUUAGCCCUAUGGCUUGCGAGUGUAUCAAAUUUGAUGCCGGAGGUCGCCGACAGGAUCGAUGCUAAACUACGCAGCACAGCCGUCACGCUAGCACAGCAAUGCGGUGGGUCAAGCAAUCAUACUGUAUGCGGCUCAGACUGGACCUCUUCUAAUUAUGACGACUCCCCCAGCUUCGGGAACACACUGAAUGUCGUGAAUAUCCUGGUGUCGAAUCUGAUAAUUUCAAAAACUGCCGGCAGUAUUGCAAAUAAGACGGAAAACGGCAGUGGCGGUGUUUCCAAAGCCAACGACACGUCUACUGGUGGCGGUGACAGUGGUACAAUCUCUGACGGUGCAAUCGCGAGUGCAGUUGUUGGCAGUGUAAGUGGUGCCGCAAUCAUUAUUGGCGCUAUCUCCUGGGGCUUGCGCAAAUGGAAAGACCAGAGUUAUGACGCCGUUCGAAAGGAUGAGCCUGGCAAAAAAGAAUACACCAGUGGGCAACAUUCACACCCUGCUGAGGAUUUGUAUGGCCAUAUCCGUGCUACUGAUCAAGUGCAAAGGAGGCUGGUUCAGGAGCUACCGAAUAAUGUUAUUGGGGAAUUGCAUGAAGAGGCUGCUACCACACUUUCGAGCAAUGUGCGACAUGAACUGGCCUGA